AAGUGUGAAAAGCGAUGAUGCCAAUGGAUGGAUUGAGAGAGAGAAAGAAAGACGGGGACCUGGGUAGAUCUUUACGAAAACCUCCAAAUGCAAGGCAAAGUAAAAAGAAAAACAACAAAAAUAAAAAUUCACAAACAACAAGUUAUGUUACUGACACACAGUCCAUCACGGAGACUUCGGACUUGGCCACACUGUUGUUGGAAGCAGAACUUGCUGACCGCAAUUUUGAAGCUGAAAGAAACAAAACUGUGAUAUUUGAAUUGGAUGGUAAACAAGUUACAAAAAAGGAGCCAACAUUAGCUUACACCAGAGAACCUUUACAAAUACCUCGUCGUCCCAAAUGGAAUAAGAGAACAACCCCAGCAGAAUUGACAAGUCUAGAGAAGCAGUCUUUUCUAGAGUGGAGAAGGCAACUUGCUAAGGUGGAAGAGAGUGGACAGCAUCGGAUUACUCCAUAUGAGAAAAAUUUGGAAGUAUGGCGACAACUUUGGCGAGUUGUUGAAAACAGCGACCUAGUGAUGCAAAUUGUAGACGCUAGAAAUCCGUUGCUUUAUUUUUCAAAAGAUUUGGAAAAUUAUGUUCACGAAGUUUCUUCCUACAAACAUACGGCUUUGAUUCUUAACAAGGCUGAUUUGUUGACCACGGAGAUGAAAUUGAAGUGGUCAGAAUACCUUGAAAGACUGAAUAUGCCAUUUGUGUUUUUUUCUGCCAAAUAUUCUUCAGAAGAAAAUGGAUUCGAAAAUGACUUGGUGAAGAACGAUUACAAGUAUAACACUAUGUCCAGUCAAGGUUUGGUGGAUUUCAUGAAGAGUUUUCGAAGUUCGUCUUGUGUUUCAAGUCAUGAGACUAGUCAUGAAAAGCCGUUUGUAGUGGGACUUGUUGGAUAUCCCAAUGUUGGAAAGAGUUCUACAAUCAAUUCAUUAUUAAAAGCAAAAAGGACAGCUGUAUCUUCAACUCCUGGUAAGACCAAACACUUUCAGACUUUGUUUCUUGAAAAGGACCUUUUGCUUUGUGACUGUCCUGGCUUAGUGUUUCCUAACUUUACAUCCAGCAAAGAAGAACUGAUAUGCAACGGCAUUUUACCAAUUGACCAAAUAAGAGAUCCCAUUCCUCCCAUGGAAUUUGUCUGUCGCAGAAUUCCUGGAGAUGAUUUCAGACGUCUUUAUGGAAUAACUUUACAACAUGGAGAAGAGAAUCAUCUGAAUGCUAGAAUUUUAUUGGAACGAUAUGCUACUUUGCGAGGUUUUAUGACAAAGCAUGGGAAUCCGGACAUUCAAAGGAGUGCAAGAAUUAUCCUGAAAGAUUAUGUGAAUGCCAGAAUGGUAUACUGUGAACCACCACCAACUUGACAAGUUCUAAAGGACAAAUCCAUUUUCAAAGAGGAUAAAAGAACUUUAUUUCUUGUCUAACAUAGUCGAAUGAAGAGAUAUCACAACGAGUGCAAUGAAAACUGGGUGCAUCUUCUCGUUUCUA